AUGGUGUUUCGUCUGCUGAUGCGCUAUCUGGCCAACAACGAGCAGCUCAUCCAGCGCAUGGCCGACAGCUAUCCCAUGCGCCGAGCUGCCCAAGUGGUUGUCUCGCUCAUGUAUCGCACCAAGAGCUUGGCCAGAGAGCAGGGAUUACACGAGAUGACUCCCGAGCGAUUCAAGUCAUUUGUGAAUAUGUUCAAGAAUAAUGUGAGACAGGAGAUUGAAGGUGUCAAGCAGCAGCUGAAGAAUCAGAAGAAAAACUAAAUUAUUUGUUAAUAGCAUGAUGACUAAAUAACUGUAGGAAUAUAAAAACUAAUUUUCACGGCAAAUCGAAUGUAGUUUUAAUUAGGCGCAAAACAUUCCACAUAAAGUACAAAUAGGUUUAGAGUUUGUCAAACUUUGAAUUUAUUGUGUAAUUUAAAUACGUUUCAACGUAAUAACUUUUGAUAUUUGAAAAUUAGAAAUUUUUGAUGAAAAAGAAAGUGAAGUGAAAAAUGAAAGUGCAAAAAAUCAUAAUUAAUUUGGCAUUUCAAUAUGCUUAAAACGAUCUUACCGAAAAUUCUUUUCUUUUCUUGUCUUAUAUAUAUAGUAUAUCUCUCAUUAUCUUGCUUUUUACAUGGACGAAAACAAAACACAUUUAUUUACUAUAAGCAAAUUUACACGACACAAUUCCGAGCCAAAUGUUGCUGUUGUUGUUAUUUUUGGGUCUCUUUAUCCGUAGCAAAA